CAAAGCAUCAGAAGUUUCUCGAAGAGGCACAAAAGCAGCAGCAAAAACCUUCGUGUAAUCGCAUUUUUGCACAGAAAUUAAUUGUGAGUACAAGCAUUUUUGUUAUCUGGUGGUAUUGGUGGAAAGGACGAGCGUCUCUAGAAGCAGGGUUGCACGAAAUUUGGUGAAAUAUAAGGAGAAUUGAUAGGAAAAUUCCUAGACAGUGACCAUUUUGUUUUAGGACCUCUGACAGAGACACAAAGCAAGCAUGGUCAAGGAGACUGCUUACUAUGAUAUUCUGGGUGUGCGGCCAGACGCCUCGGCGGACGAUCUGAAGAAGGCCUACCGAAAGUUGGCCCUCAAAUACCAUCCGGACAAGAAUCCCAACGAGGGUGAGAAGUUCAAGCAAAUCUCGCAGGCCUACGAGGUGCUGUCGGACGCCGAGAAGCGCAGCAUCUACGAUGAGGGCGGCGAGGGGGCGAUCAAGAAGGGCGGCGGCGGUGGCGGAGGCGGCUUCACGAGCCCCAUGGAUCUGUUUGAUAUGUUUUUUGGUGGAGGGUUCGGCGGGGGCAGACGCCGGGAGAGACGCGGCAAGGAUCUGGUGCACCAGCUCAGUGUCACACUGGAGGAGCUCUACAUGGGGGCGACUCGCAAGCUGGCGCUCCAGAAGAGUGUGAUUUGUGAUAAAUGCGAGGGUCGCGGUGGUAAGAAGGGCUCCAUUGACAAAUGUGGCCCGUGCCGCGGCACUGGCGUGGAGACGAAGAUCCAGCAAGUGGGGCCGGGCAUUGUGCAGCACUUCGAGCACAUGUGCCGCAGCUGUCACGGCCAGGGUGAGCUGAUAGCGGCCAAGGAUCGCUGCAAGACGUGCAGUGGCAAGAAGACGGUGCGUGAGCGCAAGAUUCUUGAGGUGCACGUGGAGAAGGGCAUGCGAGAUGGGCAGAAGAUCGUGUUCAACGGCGAGGGUGAUCAGGAGCCGGAUCUGCAGCCGGGCGACAUUGUCAUUGUGCUGGAUGAGAAGGAGCACCCGCUGUUCAGGCGCUCGCGGGAGAAUCUCGUGAUUACUAUGCAAUUGCAACUCGUGGAGGCGCUCUGUGGCUUCCAGAAGGUCAUCAAGACACUGGAUGAGCGUGACUUGGUCAUCACAUCACUGCCGGGUGAGGUGAUAAAGCACGAGGCUCUCAAGUGUGUGCUGGGCGAGGGAAUGCCGCAGUACAAGAAUCCAUUUGAGAAGGGACAACUCAUCAUUCAGUUCAUGGUCCUAUUCCCGGACACUAUUCCAGCCGAAUCGCUUCCAGCUCUCGAGAGAUGCUUGCCUGGACGACCUCAAGUCACAAUUCCAAUCGACGCUGAGGAGUGCACACUCUCGGAGCUGGAGCCCGAUCACGGCCGUGGCCAGCGAUCGGCCCAUGAUGAGGAUGAGGAGUUCUACUUCCACCAGGGCCCACGAGUGCAACAGUGUGCUACUAGCUAAAUUAUUUUUAGAUUCUCAACACAUUUUUAACUCCAUAAGUGUGGAUAUUGUACGGACAUUUAAGAGGAGUAACUUAUCAAUUAGGUAUUCGGUAUAGUAAUUAUGUAAAAUUGAAAUCAGAUAACGCGCGGAGCAAGUUAUAGAAAUUUCUUAUGCCCAAAGUGUGAGGAGAUUCACAGUGUGCUGCUGAUGAUGAUGAUGAUGAUGAUGAUGAAGUUGAUGGACAAUGCUAUAAUAAUCAUUCCGAUGUGAAGUAUUUUCAUCCUAAAUGUUGUGAACUGGACAGCAACCGGGCGCAUCAUAAUCCUCCCCACUCAGAAGAGAAGCUUCUCUAGAACCUAGCAAAUCACAAGAGCAAAACAAAAUGUGUACCGUGUGUAAAAGAAUAAUAAUGAGGCAAAAUAUUUCCAAUUA